AUGACAAGAGAUCUUUUUAAGAAGAUAAAAUACCUUCGUGGUCAAUUUAUACCAAAAAAUGGCUCAUUAACAGAUUCAAAUGGUAAACACUUAACAAAUGGUCAUGAAAUCAAGAACAAAUGGCAACAAUACACCGAAGAACUUUACAAGAAAGAAAUCAAUGGAACAAACAAUUUGGUACUCGACGAUUAUGAACCGGAAUCUGAUAUUUUGGAAAGCGAAGUCAGAUUCGCACUAGAAACAUUAGCAAAUGGUAAAGCACCUGGACAUAAUGGAAUUUCAAUUGAAUGUUUUAAAACAAUUAAAGAAGACACAGUUAAAGUAUUAACAAAAUUAUGCCAACAAAUAUGGAAAACAAACAAAUGGCCUCAAGAUUGGAAAACAUCGAUAUUCAUUCCCAUACCGAAGAAGGGAAAUGCCAAAGAUUGCUCAAAUUACCGAACAAUCGCUCUCAUCUCACAUGCCAGCAAGAUUAUGUUGAAGAUUAUACAACGGCGAUUGGAACCUUUUCUCGAACGAGAAAUGCCAGUUACACAAGCAGGAUUCAGAAAAGGAAGGGGAACACGUGACCAAAUAGCAAAUCUACGGUGGGUGAUGGAAAAAGCUCGAGAAUACCAAAAGGAGUUUUACUUAUGUUUUAUCGACUAUAGUAAAGCUUUCGAUUGUGUAGAUCACGAGAAACUCUGGUGUGUACUAAUGGAAAUGGGUGUGCCAAAACAUUUGAUUAUCCUUAUGAAGAACUUAUAUACCCAUCAACAAGCAUCAGUGAAAACGGAAUAUGAAAAUACCAACUGGUUCAACAUUGGAAAAGGUGUACGACAAGGCUGCAUAUUAUCGCCAUACUUAUUCAAUUUAUAUGCGGAGUAUACAAUGAGAAAAGCUGGCACAGAUAAAGCAGCAGGUGGAAUAAAAAUCGGUGGACGUAACAUCAACAAUCUACGGUAUGCGGAUGACACCACACUACUGGCUGAAAUUGCUGACGAUCUGAAAUGCCUUCUACAGAAGGUAAAAGAGGAAAGUGCAGCUGCGGGACUAAAGCUCAAUAUGAAAAAGACGUGCGUGAUGACAAAUGGACCAAUUCAAGAAUUUCACAUCGACAAUGAUCAAGUGGAAAUAGUCAAAGAAUUCAUCUUCUUGGGUUCUAAUAUAACCACCGAUGGCAACUGCAGUAAUGAAAUAAAAAGAAGACUUCUUAUGGGUAGAAGAGCAAUGGUUAGUCUGGACAAACUCAUCAAAAGCAAAGACAUCAACAUGGCCACAAAAAUUAGAAUAAUCAAAACGAUGGUGUUUCCAAUAACAACAUAUGGGUGUGGAAGCUGGACAACAAAAGAAGCAGAUCGGAGGAAAAUCGAUGCCUUCGAACUAUGGUGCUGGAGAAGAUUACUUCGUGUUCCAUGGACGGCAAAAAGAACCAACAAAUCUGUUUUACAAGAAAUAAAACCCGAAUCGUCACUGGAAGCUUCAAUGGUGAAGUUAAAAUUUUCAUAUUUUGGACAUAUAAUGCGACGACAAGAUUCGUUGGAAAAAGAAAUAAUGCUUGGCAUGGUCGGUGGUAAACGGCGCAGAGGAAGGCAAAAGAAAAGAUGAAUUGACACAAUAAAAGAAGACACACAUUUAACAUUAACUCAACUCAACACAAUGGUACAUAACAGAAACAUGUGGAGAAAUCUGACUCAUCGGAUCGCCAAGAGUCGGACUCGACUGAAUGGAUAAAACAACAACAAAAUCUGUUUGACAUGUAUUCAUAAAACAAAAGUAUUAUAAAAUAUUGGAAAUGCUAUGCAUUAAUUAAAUAUUUAACUAAGAUGAAUAUUAUUAAUUCUUACAUCUAUGAAAAAUUACAUAUUAUUUGACUAUCAUAAAGCCGGCGACACAUUAGAAGACCCCCCCCCCUUUAAAUAAAUGAUGUAAAAAACAUAUUAGAAGAUCCCCUCCAAUGGCUGAUUUUUCAGUUUAUCUAUUCUGUUAGUACUCGCUAUUUCUUUACAUAUGUUUCUUAACUACGCUUCACAAGUAUAUUUUUUGUGUUCUUUCUUGAUGUUCAAAGUUGUCUGUCAUUGAACAGCACAGAAUUUAAUUAAUAGACAUAUAUGUGGCACGCGAAUAACAAUGUAAGCUUUGCUUAGAAAAACAAAAAGAAAUUAGAAGUUCAACAUUGGAAACUUGACAUACACAACUUAGCUUGAAGGACAUGACAUGUGGGUAAAAUAGUUUUUUUUUCAUUUCGAUUGUAUGAAAUUAUAUUACUUUAUGGACGAUUUCUUUUAUCCUGUGAAAAAUACUCCUAUGUUUAAAUGUUAACUAAUCAUAUUUUAUGUGACUUUGCACAUUUAAUAAAUAAAAUGCUAGUUUCAUGAAAUGUUCUUUUAUUAUAGUAUUGACUUUAAUUGACUAUAAUACUGUCAAAAAGUUUAAUAAUCCUUUAAAAACAGUAUAGAGACCGUUAAAAAAACUAUAAAAAAACAUAUAGUUGAGAGUAGCAAGAAAAUAUAUUCUUUUUUUAGGGACAUAAUAGAAGACCUCCCUUGAAAUUUGUAAACGCUACGUCAGAUUAGAAGACCCGAGGUCUUCUAAUGCGAUCCCGGCUUUAAUCAAAUUAUAAUUAUCAAUGUACUUUAUUUCUGUUUCAUUUUUAGAUCAAGAAUUCUGUAUAAAAAGUAGGGGUAUUACUUUAUCUAUAUUUACUUUAUAAUAAAGAAUGACGAUAAUUGUUAUUUUAAAAUAAAGGUAAAGAAAUAAAGUAAAUCGUUAUCUUUAUAAAAUAAAUAUAAAGAACAAAGAUUUUUUUUCUAUCGAAACGUACUUUUUUAUUCUCUUAGAGUAGCUUACAAAAAUUAUGAUACUAUAUAGUUAACUAUGAUAUAAAAUAGCAUUUUUCGUAUAUAUCGUUUCUUGUGUGGUCCUUUUUUUUGAUGAUAAGAAAGAGCAUUAAUAAAUGUAUUCUAUUGUUAUACACGGUAUUUGCAUAUGUAGUUACUGCAUGAAAAAAUAUAUCUUAAUUCUUUAUCUU